CAGUAUGUCUUCAUUAUCAACAGCAGGGCAAGGUACUGCUACUUAAACAGAGGGGGAAAAAAAGAAGAAACAGGAGUCGGAGAUAAAAGGAAGUUUGGAGGAAGAGAAACCUUAUAGAGAGAGUUAGAGAACCAGAGGCAAGGGGAAUAGAGACCGCGAGAGAGAAGAAGUGAAACAAGGCACACGAAAAAAAGAAGAGAAAAACCACAAAAUCAGAGGUGAAGUGGGGAAAAAGGGAGCGAGGACAGGAAAGGAGAGUGGUGGCUUGUGGACGAUAGAGGCAGAGAAAUAAAGACGUGUGGCGAGAAAGAAAAAGGUUGGCGAAAAGAGAACUGCUUACUAUAGAAACAAGAGAAAACGAGAAACGUGACAGCUGACCCGGAAACCACAGAUAAAGAUGAAUGGCUUCCUGUUGCUGGGCUGCUUUGUCCUAUCUGCGACAAAGUACUUCCUCACGUCUGCCCACAUGAUCCCCGACGACAGACUCUCCACCAAUCGGGUCAUGGAAUAUCACACUCUGUCUGAAAGCUUUGAGAUAGGCCCACCUCCUGUUGUUAUUGUGGAGUUGCCGAAAUCAGCGAAGAACAAGACAACAAAGAAACAAAAAAAGAGCAAAUUCAGUGUAAAGAAGCACCCUCCUCCUCCUGCUAACUGCAUUCCCUUGAGGGGAAGCUGUAAAUCUUCAAGCAAUGUGUGCUGUGAUUUCUGUGCUUUCUGCCAGUGUCGGCUCUUCAGAACGGUCUGUUUCUGUCGAAUGGGCAACCCUCGCUGCUAAAGACCAGCUGCAGCCCGGCCCGGCUCCAAGCUGAGGGAACAAAACGUCAUGCUAAAGCAAACCACUUUAAGUGAACACCUUGAGAGGUGAAUCACUACUAGUCCUUGGUUUGUCAGUUUUCCUAAAAUUCUCUGCAUGCAAGCACUUUAUCACAGAGGACUGCCUGACUUUUCUACAAUCUCACAGGGUACACUACUUAUAGGACUGGUCAGUCAGAAAUACAACUUUUCAUUUUUAGCUUGUCGCAUGCGUUAAUUACAUAUGUUACCUCAAAAUAUUUCACAUUGCAUUAUUUUUACACAAAUACAGGAAUGCGCAGUGUCAAAAACUUAUGAAGCCUUUAAAGAAUAAAGUCCAUGUACAAUGUUUUAUAUAA